AAUACAUCCAGUCCUCCAACACAACACCAAUCCAUUGCCAGUCAAUACAUUUGCUGAUCAAUUGGUGGCAAACAUGAAAUUCAAGGAAAUCAAGAGGAAUGGUGUGUUCUGCUGGUGUCCAACACGACAACAGAGGAGUGUUGCCAUCGGAACCACUUCCCAACAGUUUGACACAAACUUCAGCAAUGACAGCAAACUUGAAAUCUUUGAUCUGAAUGCCGAAGAAUGCAGUGAAGAGCCGCGAUUGAAGUCAUCCAAAGUGGUGACCAAUACAUUCAAUUGCCUUCAAUGGCAUCCAUACGCCCUCAUCGGUGGCACUCAACUCAAGACUUUACAGUUCUUUGACGUGACCGCCGAUGAGACUGAACUGAAAUACGAAACGGAAGCGCAGACAUCGAGUGUGACGUGUAUUGCAUUGAAUCCCAAAGAAUCACAUUCAGUGGCGACGGGAUGUGAUGACGGGUCGGUCGGUGUCUGGGAUAUCGACAGCGGCGGGAAGGCCCUCUCUUCAGACUUGGAUUCACACUCGCCUUGGUUACUGAGCCACUUACACCAAGUUACCUUGGCAUGCCACCCGAGUUAG